AAUUCUUUGAAACAUAAUUAAAUAAUUAAAAAAAACCAAUUAUCUUACCAGCAAAGAUAAACAUCACAUAACAAAGCGAUAAGGUAUGCCAGGGGCCUCUACAGACUUAGGAGGAGCACACCCAGUUUAUUGUGGAUGGGAGUAUUUUUUUAUACCUCAGAGUGGGCACGUCGGACUUGUGAGACACAUGAAUGAUAGGGACGAUUCAAGUUUAAUAUGUGAGGGGAGUAAUGGUGCAAGAAAAUGUUUGAACUAUACCGGUUACGAAGAAAAUUCUACUAUUAAGCGGUUCAAGAAAAUCCCCAAGAGAAAAGUUGCUUUGCUUUUAUCUUAUUCUGGCGCUAAAUAUUAUGGAAUGCAACGGAAUCCAGGUGUGGAAACCAUUGAAUCUAAGUUACACGAGGCUUUAGUGAAAGCGGGAGCAAUAUCUCCUUGGAACGCAGAUUCUCUGAGCAAAAUAAGUUUUCAACGUUGUGCUAGAACAGAUAAGGGGGUCAGCGCUCGGGAAAAUGUUGUGUCUUUAAAGGUCCAUAUGACAGAUAACUUGCAAGAAAACAUUAACAAUUUUUUACCGCCGGAUAUUCGGGUCAUGGGUAUUCAGAGGUGCACCAAGUCGUUUAAUAGUAAAAAUCAGUGCACUGCUCGCUUAUACGACUACAUACUGCCAACAUUUUCUUUUGCGAAGUCCUUGCAUCUUACGAAUGACACUUAUAGGAUAUGUCAAACCACCUUAACUAAUAUUCGAAGGCUACUGAAAGUCUUUGUUGGUACCCAUAAUUUUCACAACUAUACUUCAGGAAAGGAGUUUACAGAUGCCAGUGCCAUCCGGUUCAUCAUGGACUUCACCUGUGCCGAACCAUUUGUUAUGGAAGGCGUGGAAUUCAUACGUCUUUCCAUAAAAGGGCAAAGUUUUAUGAUCCACCAAAUAAGAAAGAUGAUAGGGUUGGUCAUAAGCAUCGUUAGGGGGUUGUGUGCGGAAACUUAUAUUACUAAAACUUUUUCAAACUUGAAAGUCCAUGUGCCCAAAGCCCCCGGACUCGGCCUUCUUCUGCGGCAAGUGUUCUUUACGGACUAUAACCGAAAGUGUAAUAACGGCUCAUCAGGAGGGAUCAACUGGGAUUCUUCCUGGGAAGCCCUUGAAGAGUUUGAAAACAAGGUUAUAACUCCGCAUAUCAUUACCACGGAAAAGCAAGAGGGAUCGAUGGGCAACUGGUUAAUCAAGUUGUACAGUUCGCAUGACUUUUGCGUUCCUGAAAAUGAAACAUGCAGCAGUGUUCAGCAGGCCCCCUAAAAGUAUGUAAGCUUUUUAAACAGAGUAAGCAUGCACCUCAUGUGUCUCUUGUAGCAUGUUUAUAGUGCUUGCAAAUGAGUCAAUAGCGCAGAAGAGUUUUUACGGACUGCAUUAUAUAUUAUAGACAUCAGAUGAUCUUUCUUGUCAGUUCGUUCGUUUUGUAGUAGGAAAUAUUUGUUAAUUUUUUUUUUAAAAAAAUUAUUGAGGUG